CAGAAGUUACGUAAUGAAUUAAGUCAUCCUGAUACGGGGGUUCUUUUCUUAUCACUAAGGUUAUUAUGUCGUAUGACCCGAAUGGGUUUAGUGCAUUUUUUCAGUUUAAUAAUAAAUUACGUUACAUGUAAGCGAGGUGGGCACCAACUAUGCAUAAGACGGGGAGGCUACAAAGGAAAUAUAUCAUUGAAACCAGUUGAAAAUGCAAUACCAACAAUAAACAAUGUCUUAGCAUCUGAUCCUCAGAAAAAAGAUGAACCAGACUUUACAAGUAAAACUUUUAGUAAUUCUACAAUCAGUAGUGAUUUAGGCAGUACAUCAUCAAGUAACAGCAGAAACAGAAGAGAAUGCACAAAUAUAAAUCAGUCAAGAUUUGCCAAUUUUACUAGAAUUCAGAAUGGUACAGUACCUGAUUUAUCUGAACAGCCAAACCACUUCAGUAGGUUAAUGACAACUAAUGGUGGCAUUAGUUCUAAUUCUGUACAGAAUGGGAGAAUCCAAGAAGACGUCCAACCUGUUGACUCAGUUGAGAGACAGAAUUCCUCCAUGGUACUUAUUGUACUUGCCUUAUCAGUGUGCUUUCUCUUGUCCAGCAAUUUUGGUUACAUUGUGUCAAAUAGCAUAUCAAUCCCAUUUAUGCUGUGGGAGGCUUCGCACCUAUGGUGCCAAAGGAAUGCCAUUCAAGCCAGAGCUAGAAGUGGAGCUGGUCUCUUUGGAAUUGCUCUUAUGUUGUGUGGUGUCCAGCAAACUACAGUUACUAUAUAUGCACAUUUAAUUACCAUUGUUAAGUGUUUCUUAGAAGAUUUUGCUUUGUAUAUUUUAACUGUUGUUUUCUGGUGCACUGUGAUUGGGCUACCUGGUGUACUACAAUCAGAGCCUUUGGAAUCCCCCAUCCCAACCCUGAUGAAUAAUGAUGUUACUGAUGAUGCAGACAUAUAUUCUAUGGAAGAAUUUUAGCACUACAAGGUCAUUGACCAUCCUCUGUGCCAAUGUCAGUACAUAUUCCUGCUUUCUAUUUUUUAUUUAAUAUUUACAUACUAUUAUCAUACUGCUAAAUAUCAACAGACCUUUAAAGUUCCAUAAAUUAUUGUUCUAAGGUAUAGGUCAAAUGCUAAGUAUUGCAGUUUGACUUAUAACAUUAUUAAGAACUGUAAAAAAACUUCAUCAAACUGCAAAGUUAGCUUUAACUCAGGAAACUUCUUACAGUAUAUUAAAAAUAUUUAAGUCCUAAAUUUUAUCGCUUUCAUAAAACAAAUACGUAUCUGAAUUAAUAAAGGGAUUUCAUUAAAAUGCUCGCCUCUCAUUCUGCUCUAUUUGACUGAUAUUAUCUAUAUAUUUAUGCUGUCCCAGAACAAUGCUUAGUGUAUCUAAGUACACAGCAACUUAAUAACUCUUGCAUGAAUUUUAAAUUUUCUUAAAAACUUAACUAAAGGAACAAUAAUUUACAGAAUCCUUACACAUUCAAGGUCUCAGUGGCUCCCUGAUUUGUACUUAUGAUUGGAAAUCUUGAUUGAAAGUGGAUGGGUGUUAUGACAUUGAAAGAUUCUGUAAAUCACUAUAUAAACCUUGGUAAUUGACACUGACAAAUUGAUUUAAAAUGACAUGAGCAAACAUUAAGACAUAUUUAUUAGAAAAUAUUUCGGUCCCAGGACUAAAACAUUUUCUAACAUGUCCUAGUGUUUGCUCAGGUUUUUUUUAAUCAAUUAAAUCACUAUAUAUAUAAAUAGAUCCUUUCAGUUUUUCAAAACUCAAAAUAAUAUAUAAUUUUCAUUACUGUGAUAACUGUUCCUGUGUGUUAAACACAGGGUUCACUGGUAAACUUAAAAGCUGGACAAAUUCCUGCUAAGACAUUUGGGCCAUAUAACUUUUUCAGCUUAACUAAGCUUGGGCAACAUAAAGUUUUGACUUGUUGGAAUUGCCAUGUCACUUUCAAAGUUAUACUCAAAUAUUUGCACCUACGUUCAGUUCUUAAUAAAACUGAAUAUUAAAAUACUAUAUGAAGCUAAAACAGCCUAAGGUUAAAAAUAAUAAUUUCAUGCAGUACUUUAUUUAGUACUGAUCUGACUUUAGCUUAGUUAUGGACAAGCUGCAUUAACAUCAUUUAUGCUUAGGCCUUAAUAUUGAGUGUCAAUCUCAUGAUUGUGGCUCAUUUCUGAAUGUUAGCACGAAGCUUUGCAAAUUUACCUAGAACUGAGAGAGUCUAUAAUACAUCAGUUACCUAAUACACAAUGUUUUCAUUUUUUAUACUUCUUAUUCACAAAGGAUUUAAAAUAAAAGACUGCAAAUCUAGAUUACUAGAGGUUUUAUAUUUCACAUGGCUUCUUACAAAAGAUACUCAUUAUUUUUUCAUGUAUGUACUUCAGUAAAUUUUUUAGUAUAUAUUAACUGUUCUUUACUGACAUGCAAACUCAGGCAGCUGGAAACUUGUAUUCCACAAGAUGACCUGAUGCUAUAAGAGGUUUCUUGAUCCACUCUGCUCAGGAAGGUCUCAUCCAGCAGUGGGUUAAUAAAGGAUGAAAUGUAAUUACAUAUGUAAAUAACAUUGUACAGUAAACCCUUGCUUGUUUUGUUUAUUUACCAUUUGAGGUUUAAAUUUUUGCUAUAAAAGCACAGCAUAUAGGAAUAUUUAGGAAAAAUGUGGAACCUCUUACAACAGUUUUGCUAUUUGCCCAAAUGUUGUGCAUAUAAACUGCAAUAAAAAUACAUGAAAA